AUGGCAGUGGCCCGUUCCUCUCUUCUCACUCUGAUUGUUAAUUAUUGUUUCAAGAAUGUUAGGGAAUAUAUAGAUGUGGUGAUUACUGUCGCGAAUUGUCGAUCGGUGCUGGAGAAGUGGCUGUGUGAAUUCGAACCCGCAGAGUCCACGAAGGUUCUGAGGCAAAAACCGAGGAGGUUGAAUGUUGGGAGCUGGUCGAAGAUGAGAGACAGUCAGCAACGGCACGGCAGAGAGGCUCCGGUGGCUUCUUCAGCUGCGAAGAUCUCAGCCUCGAUGCUCCACCAGCACCACCCAACUGAAAUCUUGAGCUCUUCGUCAAGGUCUAUAGCUCGUCGACAUCAAU